AUGACUCGCGGAGAAGCUACUCAGGUCAAAGUCCACUUCAAGGGAAAGCAGGACGACUUCAUCGUCUUUGUGGAUGAUGUAGAGACAUACAAGAAGUGGCUGAGCGACAAGAGCAUUCCUCUCACUCAGUUCGUUUCAACUUUCAAAGUAUUCCUGACGCACAAGCAAGGAGCUCAGGGAACCUAUGACACUGCGUCAAAAGCGGGGCUGGCGGCCGAGUUCGACACUGAGAACGCUGACGAGGCGCUGCUGAAGAUCCUCGAGCUUGGUUCAAUGCAGAACAUGGAGAUGCCUGCCCGACAAGGUGUUACGAAUGAGUCUAUGAGCUCGAUGAGAGUAAAAUAG